CUCAUAAUAUAUUGUAAGAUGGGUGCUGAGUGAUACAAGAUCUGCUUUAUUCCAGUCAUUUCCUCGGGCUUAAAGUUAAUGCAAUAAAGAAAUCUAAAUCGUAGAAGUAAAUUGCAUUUCUGCAUUAACAUUGUAGUUGUUGAUAAAAUCACCUGAAAGGAUAUUGAGUGCACGCAUUAUAACUUUGUGUCUAUUUGGGUAUUUGUGGUUUUAACUAGUUUUUUUUUUUUUUUUAUUAUUUUUUAUUUUUAUUUUUUAUGAUACCUCUUGACCAGUUUUAUAAUGCCCCAUACAAUGAGUACCUGGCUAAGCUGGUUUUAAAGCCUUUAGCACCUGAUCGGAGAUGGAAGUUCAUAUAUGAGCCUUUGCGCCAUGAAGUGCGCCUUCUUUCCAAGAAGAUCCCAGUGACAAAAUUUCUGAACCUUCAGGUUGGCGUAGGCCAUAGCUUUCAGUUGCAUGCAACUGGUUGGAAAUGGAAGCUCACUACUUGUUUUGGAGGAGAUGGUCUCUCCAGCAUCCGGAAUAAAACAUCACUUGGAUUAUGUCCUGGUGUGGAUUUUUGUUUUGGAUGCAAAGCAGAUUAUGUUUUUCCAGAAGUUACUGGGCAAGUUACUUUAUCCUCAUUUGCCCCACUUUGUAGAGAAUCACUCGGCUUCUUACCCUCGUAAUAGUAUACUCUUUCCGUUUCAAUUUAUGUGUCAUAGUUUGACUGGGCACGAAGUUUAAGAAAGUAAAGAAGACUUUUGAGUCUUGUAGUCUUAAAUAGGAGUGUCAAAUGGGCGGAUUGGGCUGAAUUUGGGUGGGUCAAAAUGGGCUAACUAAAAGUUACUUGGGCUAAAAUGGGCUAAAAAGUGGGUCAUAACCCAAUCCGCCCAAUUCUUAUUAAGUUCCAAUUUUUUUUUAUUUUUUAUUUUUUAUAAUUUUUUAUGUAUGUAAGAAAACAUAUAUUUUUCUUUAUUAUGCCUAUAAAUAACGUAUCAAACGAAAAAAGGGGCUAAGCUAAUAAAUGACCCAUCCAAACUUGUUCGGGUUGGGCGAGUCAUGUUUUCAUGGACUAAACUAAAGAUAUGUAUAAUCUACUAAAGUGUCCUUUAAUCUUGUAGUUUUAAACGUAUGCCAUGUGGGAUGUAAGAUAUUGGAAUUACCAAAUUAGGAAAGAUGCAUUCUUUGAAACAGACUAAAAAGGAAAGUAAGACAAACAAAU